AUGUCUGCGACAACGACAACAGCUUCGGUCAGCGCAGCGACUACCACUGCUGGCAAUAACGGGGAGGCUUCGGGGUCAAACAAUGCUACAAGCUCACCUUUGCUGUUCUUUGUCGCUCUCGGCUUCGGCGUCGUCUUCACAAACCUAUGGAUCAUCGUUGGCGUCAAGUACUGCUUUCGAUACAACCAACGAAACCGUCAGCUACGCAGUGAAGAAACCGGUGAACCUAUAGAUUUAACCGCAAUGCCUCGGGCUCAUCGCCGAAGGAGGGAGAAAAAGCUGAUGACGAUGGACGAGGUGAACGAACGAUUUCCAUUGGUCAAAUACAAAGUGUGGAGGUCAUCUCGCGCAAACCAAGGUCUUUCGACUGAAGGAGGCAUAACAGCUCCCAACAGCAGGCCUCAGAGUCUCAAAGACGGCAAUGAGAUUUUUACAACAACAGCCGGUAUUCCCACAGCCGCAGUAUCGCCAUCCAAGGUCAAUGAGCGUCCCAAUUCCAACACAUCACAAACGAUUUCCCAUGAUCUGUAUGUUGGUAGCCCAGCACAGUCUGCCGACGAAAAGACACCCACGGUAUCAAGAAUGUCUUUGACUGAUCAGGGCACUGGUACAAACGAAGAAGAGCGUACUCUAGCCAACGACAGCGUUCACAUGGACAUGGAAGACGAAGAUGAUGGCGAUCAUAUCCAGAACGCCGUUCCUACUGAUCUUUUACCCAACCCUGGCGAUUCUUGCGCCAUUUGCCUGGACAUCAUUGAGGACGAUGAUGACAUUCGGGGACUCACAUGCGGACAUGCUUUCCAUGCCUCGUGUGUUGAUCCUUGGUUGACGAGUAGAAGAGCUUGUUGUCCUCUGUGCAAGGCCGAUUACUAUGUCCCUAAGCCCCGCACACAAACAGAGACACAGUCCGGCACUGAUCGACACGGACAUCGUAUCGCCUCCAUUCGCGCUGAUGCAAUUCUCAGACCUCCUCGGGCUGCCCGCAAUCGAAGUCGGGAAAAUGGGCUCCGGGUACAUAUGAUCUUCCCGGGUCGAAUGUUCCAAACGAGCUCUCACGAACGAGAGAUAUCACCGCGCCGAGAACCACGUCAGCAGCGCAGUCGCGAUGAGCUCCCGGGAUCAGAAGAUCCAAAUCAGUCUUCCUGGCCGCGGUUUCUCCCAACUCGUCUCCGACAACUUUCCUCCCGCUUCUCCUCUUCUAGAGACACUCAACUACCACCUGAUGUUGAAUCCUCCUCUCAUGAGCCUAGAUCCUCGGAUCGGCGUACACCUGGCCAACUGGAAGCCGGUACCACCUGA